AUGUUACAAUACCAGUCCAUCUUGGAGAGGUUGGAUCAAGAAAUACUCAUAGGUCAGUUGGAGCCACAAUACCAGUCCAACUUGGAGAAGUUGAAUCAAGAAACACUCACAGGUCGGCCGAAGCCUCAAUAUCAAUCCAACUUGAAGAGGCUGGAUCAAGAAACACUCAUUGGUCGGCUGGAGCCUCAAUACCAGUCCAUCUUAGAGAGGUUGGAUCAAGAAACACUCAUAGGUCGGCUAGAGUCUCAAUACCAAUCCAGCUUGGCAAGGUUGGAUCAAGAAAUACUCAUAGGUCGGUUGGAGCCUCAAUACCAAUCUAGCUUGGAGACGUUGGAUCAAGAAACACUCAAAGGUUGGUUAGAGCCUCGAUACCAGUCCAACUUGGAAAGGUUGGAUCAAGAAACCCUCAUAGGUCAGUUGGAGCCUCAAUACCAGUCCAGUUUAGAGAGGCUGGAUCAAGAAACACUCAUAGGUCGAUUGGAGCCUCAAAACCAGUCCAGCUUAGAGAGACUGGAUCAAGAAACAAUCAUAGGUCAAUUGGAGCCUCAAUAUCAGUCUAGCUUGGAGAGGCUGGAUCAAGAAACACUCAAAAGUCAGUUGGAGCCUCAAUACCAGUCCAUCUUGGAGAGGCUUGAUCAAGGAACACUCAUAGGUCAAUUGGAGCCUCAAUACUAG